AUGGUUGCUUUUCCACAAGAAACGCUUAUCCAGAUAUUCGAAGAUUCUAUUGAUGAUUCUCCGAAAACAAAGUACAUCAGUGCACGCGAUUUACUUUCAUUCAUGUUGGUGAAUCACGAUUGGCAUCGAGCAGCUUCUGAGAUUUUAUGGAGGGAACCUUUUCUAUUCAUAAAAGAGACAUACACACAGCGGAACGAAAGCAGAGUAAUGAAACAACAUUCGUCACUUGUUGCGACUUAUCUCCAAUGUUUGCCCAAGGUGAUUAAAAAUCGUAUUUCUAAACAAGGAAUUUCAUUGGAUUCGGUUUCAAAAAAGUCGGCAAUUUUCGAGUAUCCUGCCAUGUUGAAAAGGCUUGAUUGGUCUAAACUGCACCUCUCA